GGUAGGAGAAGAAGCGAAGAGGAGAGAAAGAGAGAAUGGGGAAAACGGGACGGAGGGAGGGGAAGAGGGAGAAGAGGGAGAAGAGGGAGAACAGGUGCACACCAACACAGGGAGAAAAAGGAAUUUUGGAUGAAGGGGCGAAGCUGGAGAGAAAGUGGGCGAAGGCGGAGAAGAGAGAGGUUGACCCGAAGCCAAGGAGUAUGAGAUACGAAACGGAGGAAGAGGGAGUGCGGAAAAGGGCUUGGGAGGUGGAGGAGGGAGGAGGAGCAAGGAGGAGGAGAGAGGACCGCGACGGUGAGGGUAAGCAGGUCGACCAUGAAGAAGAUGGAGAAGGAGCACGGACGACGAGGAGCAGUAGGAAAAUGACAAGGACCAUGAUGAUGAUGAUGAGGAGGAGGAACGGUAAAACGAUUGAGGCUGGAGGAGCAAGCAGUGCGACGAACAUGAAUGGGGGAGGAGAGACGACGGCGACGGUGAGGGGAAGGAGGUGGACUAUGGAGGACGCGGAGCGCGAAGAGGGACACCGAGGAGCAGUAGGGAGGACAAGGAAGAUGACGAUAGAGGAGAAGGACGAGGGAGGAGGAGCAGAGAGGACAGGGCGUCGAGAAAGAUUGUUCGAACGUACGUUACGGCGGUCUUUCCACCGUGGAGGGGGGGGUGCCCAUGGUCCAUGGGCGACUUUACAAGCGGCGGCCCGCUACCGACGAGGGGUACCAUCGAGAGUCUGCCUUGAGGGGGAGGUCGAGGGAUCGAGUCUAAAUUUGCCGCUGCCGCCGCCGCCGCCGCGAUCGUCGGGGAACAUUUCCAAAGUCGAUUCCGGAUCGACGGCUGAUGACUUCUGCGGCGGCGCAUCGUCCACGUGGCGAUGGCGUCAAGCAGACAAGCUGCUGGGAAAACUCCGCCACCAUGGUGACACGUGGCUGUCGCCGAUGUCGACACGUGGCAGGAGGAUGACGGCGGAUGUUCCUCCCAGCAGGGGAUUCUUGUCUGCUGGGAGGUUGGAAGAGACGACCCGACUGAUGAUGAUGAUACAACACUCCCGGGCAGGGGCAAGCAGUACCCACCAUGAAUUGCCUGCAGAGAGAACCUCCUCUCUCCCCUCCUCCUCCUCCUCCUCCUCCUCCUCCUCCUCCUCUAGCGACUGCUGUCGCUGCUUCAACCCCCCCCCGGCAUCUGCCUCUUCUUCAGACGUUUGCGCCAAUGAUGUGUACCCAUCAACUCGAGAUAGAUUGUUGAGAAGGAUGGAGGCAGCAAUCUGGGAGUUCGAUCCGUCGACCUCUCGCGAGUGGAGAGGCGCAACGAUCCUGACAACCCUAAUUAGGACUGCAGGAGUGCCGGCGGCGAUCCAUGCCGGCGCAAGCGGAGCUAUGCUCUUCAUGCCUGGUGGUAGCUAUGGCGGUCGAGAUGGAAUACCUACCGCGUGCAGCGGGAAGAAUCCAGACUACUUUCUCCUUUCAGGACUCAGAGAGUUCUCCUCUUCUCCUUCAUCAUCAUCGUCAUCAUCGUCAGGGAUGACAACCGGGAGCAAAGAACCAUCGUCAGAGUCUCAGCGACGCGGGUCUUCCAGCGGCGGAGGCGAGAGCGAGGGUGGAGGGGGCGUUGCUCGGCCGUCGAUCCCGAAAUCUCGACUUGCGGAGGAGAUGGCUCGCGCUACAUCCGGCAGAUCUUACUCCAUGAUGCUCUACUUGCUGGCCAUGGUGAUUGCCAUGGUGGGGACCACCUACGCCGCUGUCCCCCUGUAUCGUAUGUUUUGCCAGGCAACUGGAUUCGGCGGGACGAUCCGACGGCGUCAGACCAUCGAAGAGAAGAUCGGUGAUCAGGAGGAGAGGGAAGAUCUCGUCGCCGCCGCGAGAAAUCGAGAUGUUCUUGUCCGAUUCAAUGCCGACGUCGCAGAGGGCAUGGCUUGGAAGUUCGUGCCGUGUCAGCGCGACGUACUUGUGCGACCCGGAGAGAGUACGUUGGCGUUUUACACGGCGCACAACAUGAGCGACAAACCGGUGACCGGCGUCGCCACGUAUAAUGUCAGUCCGCAGAAGGCUGGGGCAUACUUCAACAAAAUUCAAUGUUUUUGUUUCGAAGAGCAGAGAUUGCAGCCGGGUGAGGUCAUCGACAUGCCAGUCUUCUUCUACAUCGACCGGGAAUUUGCGACGGAUCCCAAGAUGGAUGACAUCACCUCUCUCACGCUGUCGUACACAUUUUUCAAAGUGUCCGAGGAUGAGGAACAGGAGGAGGGAGCAGGCGAAGAGAAAGAGGAGGAGGGAGCAGGAGGAGGAGAGGAGGGAGUAGUGCGUGCAGCAGCAGCAGCGGCAGCUGCAAAGGAAACGACAGAGACGGUGGGUAAACGACCAACUCCAGACGCAGAAAAGUCACCGGGAAAGGAGGGGAGUGAAGGGAAGGGAGAGAUUACUAAGAAUAGGUAGUGGCAAGUACCAGUGAUGCCUGCAAUGCAUUUGUGUGAGUUGGAGAGGAGAGGAGAAGAGGUAAGGGGAGGAGACGGGAGAGUGACCGGACAUGUCGAGUCAGGAACUUGUCAAGAAAGGAAAGGACCAGCAGCUGGAGAUGGUAGCCAAAGGAUGAGCAGGGAAAGGAGCAACGGACGGAUCCGCUGUGAUGGGCAAAGAAACCAUCCACAGUAGCAGGGAUUGCACCAGCAGCAGCAGCAGCAGCAGCAGAGGAGGGAGAAGCUGACGUGGCGUUGACGGUGUGGUUUACCGAAAAGGAGAAGUCAACAAUUCAUCAAGACACGGGGGGCGCUGGCGGGCAGUUGUGAGAGGGGCAUAUAUGCACACAGGUGGAAACAUGCACGCAGCCACGGAGAGAGAGAGAGAGAGAGAGAGAGAGAGAGAGAGAGAGAGAGGGCAAUAUAUGCACACAGGUGGAAAUAUGCACGCAGCCACGGGGAGAGAGAGAGAGAGAGAGGGCGGGCAGUCGCGAGAGGGCCAUAUAUGCACGCAGCCACAGAGAGAGAGAGAGAGAGAGAGAGAGAGAGAGAGAGAGAGAGAGAGAGGGGUGCAUGCGAGAGAGAGAGAGAGAGAGAGAGAGAGAGAGAGAGAGAGAGAGAGAGAGAGAGGGGUGCAUGCGAGGGGAAUGAAAAAUGUAGAACAGUGUCCGAGAAAGCGGGGAUGGAGUGGUUAGCCAGCAAUGAAGGGCAGGUGGUCAGCAGCAUAUUGCUCAUUGGAAAGUUGGAUGUUUAUGACUGCAUGGGAGACUCAGUGCAAAAGUACUCGGAGAAGCGAAAAGCUCUGCCGUGAAACAUGGAUCUCGAUAUCGAUGGUUUCUUUCUUUUUUCCUUUCGUCUUUGUUUUUGUGAACGGUAGUGACUUUCCGGUCAUUCCCUUUUUUUUUGUUAAAGUAAAUGGGUAGCUUCUUACUUUGUUGUAUUCAUAUCCUUUCAUCAGGAUGUGAAUUCGUCGUUUGUUUAGGGGUAGUUCCCUGUGUGGAUAACUCAGCCACAUGGGCCGGGUACUUUCCAAUUAUAACCCAAUUAGUGUUAAAUAGACUGACAGACAGUGACUUGGCUCUUACCAGCACCUCUAGCACUGGAGGGGGUUGUUUUAAAAAAAAAAAAAAAAAAAAAAAAAAGUCUGACAGACAGUGACAGUUCAUUUACGAAAAGAAAAAAGGUGAGGGAAUUCUUUCCAUAAGGACGAUUGGUUCCGUUGCUAACUAAAUA